GACUUUAUUCCACGCCUCAGUGGAAUGGGCUUGUGUGUGGUAAAUUUAAUGGAUGACAUGCAUGAAUACGUGAGAGGACUAUUUUUACUCAUGUAUUGUGCUCCCACCGUACUCUUGGCCUAUUUAUACAUAAGAACCUCACAAGAAUUGCGACCACCGGAAGAGCCAUUGGCCGUUAUGCUGUACGAACAUCGCGUUGACAUUAGAAUGAGGCAACGCAACUCAUCGGCCUCUUCGGUAGACCGUUCGUACAGUGGUGCCACCACCGCCACUAUAGGCGGAACAGGAGGUGGUGGUGUGCUAAAUAGUCACAGCACUUGUAUGGCACCGUAUUCCACCGGCACCGCAACAAGGUCAUAUGAUUUGUAUAGUGCUGAAUGGGAUGUUAAUCGUGAGAAACGUAAUCAACGUAAUUUUGGCAGUAUGGCUGCUGCCCAGGUUGUGUGUUUGUGUCCUUUAAUGAUUUUACGCUUCGCACGUCUCUCCAUUGAGGAAACGUACGAGAAUCAAAGACAUUUUGAUUUCACCUACUUGAUGUUUGUAUGGAUUGCCUUUUUGCCCACGGUUAUAUUUCCCUGUAUCUAUGCAUCACAAAUAUUACCAAGAGAGGAACAAGAACGUCUACGAGGUUACUUUCGUUUAUCAUCAAAACGUUUGUCUAAUAAAUCCAAUAAGAAACAUACAAAAGGUGGCACUGAUGGUCGAAGAGGCGGUAGUGGUGGUACGGGCGGUAGUGAUGGUCAUACUCCUAGUUCAAGGGAAGAUUCCAUAGAAAAAGAUGAGAAUACAAAUACAACACAGGCAACAUCCAUCAUCUUAAAUGGUGAAGGUUAUAUGAGUGGCAGUGGUGGUGGAGGAGGAGGAGGUACUGAUAUGGUAGGAGGUGUUGGCAGUGAUGCACUGGGAUCUAGUGUUGCUAAUAAUAAACAUGGAAAAUAUCAGCAUCAUUCUAUGUGUAAAGAUGGAGUAGGGGCUACUAGGGUACCACCACCCAGACAUGGCAAAGAUGGUGCUAAACUGUCCAAGCGUAAUGAUUCUUUAGCUAGUGUGACUAAUGACAAUGUACAUGAUGCUAAGAAAUACAAACGUAAGAAUAAUUCUACUGGAGGUGUUGGCGGAGGACCAGGAGGUGGAGUUGGUGCAAAUUCUCUGUCCUCACAACAACAAAGUGAUGUACGCAUUAAUAUAAUUUCCGAUGGUAAAACUAAAUCCUCAACACAAAGACGCAUGAAUUCUGUGGAUGCUGUUAUUGGCCGGCCAUCUUGUUUGGGAGGAGGUCAACGCAAAUUAACUUUAGAAUCGUUAGAUAAUCGUUCUUGCUCGAAUUUAACCUCCUCCACGUAUUGCAAUGGCAACAGUAGUCUGCUGGAUGAUGGUGACGUUAGUAAUUUUGGUGAUGGUGAAGAUUCCUCCAUAGUAAGUGGCAUGAUUGUACAGGCCUCCAGCAAUGGCAGCAGCACCGGUUUACCACCUUACUAUGAAAAGAAACCCAAUGGCAUGAGUUUGUAUUCCAGUGGAGGUUUGCGUGCUCGUGAUAUGUCUUUUGAUGAUUGCAGCUCAUUUUCUCGCAUGGAUUCGUCCAGUACGUUGGCACGUGAAAUGGAGAUAAUGGAUUUAUUAGAGCGUGAAAGAUCCAGUCUGGAUAUGCAAGAGUUAUUGCAAAGAGAAAAGAACAAUGAGUCCAUAAAGAGAAGGGAAGGAGAGCGUCGUAGAUUACCGGAUAUAGAUAAAAUCUGUCAAAAAUCUCCCAAACCUAAAAUGGAUCCCUAUUCAUAUGAAAUUUCUAACAAUACUUCCAUAACAUCAUUGUCGGCCAAAGUGCCCACCUCCACGGAUCCCUUAAGAACAACUGAUUCCUUUAGUUUAUCUUCUCAUAUGAAUGAAGAUGAUGCUUCCCUUAGUUUACCCUAUGACAAGGAGCCUAUACAUUCCUCAAAGUCACCACAACGAAGUAAUGUUGACGAGGAGGUGCCCUCCGAUUUCUUUGAUAGUUAUACACCCGGUGAUACCACCGCCAUAUUACCAUCCUCAGCGCCUGCUGUAAGCAGUGCUGUGCAAUAUCAGUACUCACGACGUUUAAGUCGCAAAACCUCGGCCCAUCACAAUCCAGGCUCUAAUAGCUCACAUCAUCAUCACAACCAUCGCAUGUCCAAGCGUGACAGUUUCAAUUCAUUGAAUAGCAAUGAUUUAAUAGCUGGUGCUUUCGGUGAACUGGAUCCCACACAACCCUUAACGAAAAUGUCUGUGAUUGAGAAUCGAGUGGUGAGACGCAGUGGCAGUGGUCGUACUUCUUCGUUUUCUUCCUCGGCACGUAGCUCUAUGAAAUCCCGUGAUUACGGUCAUAGUUCAACGCAUUCGGCUCAUCCGGAAUUGGAUUUCAGGGAAAACUUUUUAGCCGAUUUGUAAGGGAAGCACGGGUACACAAUGUUCUAAAUGGUUUAUAAAGCUUAAGGGUGCUUAGCUAAAUUAAGUUAAUGAAAACUUUAGAGGAAUUUUUUUUACAUAAGAAAGUAAGUAUUUAAGAAAAUUUAAAAUUGUUAUAGUUAGUUAAGAGACGAAAAUAUAUAUAUACAUACACUUACAUACAUAUAAAUGAUUUAAGUGAAUUAAAGAGAAAAUAACUUUUGUAUAUUAAUUUUAGUUAGUAAGUUCGUAGAAGUUGAGUGAAGAAGUGCUUUAAUGUGAGUUUGAAAAGUGGUGCAAUUAAUACAAAAGUUAUUUUUAUCUUGUUCCUGUAAGAAUAAUUUUUAAAUUCUAAGCUAUUACGCAAGUAUGAAUUAACAAUUAAUUUAAGGGAAUAUAUAAUUGUAUCCUUGUUAAUUGUUAAUCAAACCUCGUAUAUACAAAUAUAAAGUUUACUCAAUCUAUAAUUUUUAUGUUCAUUCUUUAACAUAUAAACGGGUUUUGUAAAAAUGAAUUUAAACAAAAAAAUGUAUGAGAAAAAAAUCUAUGAAAAACAUAAAACAAACAGAAAUUAUGCAAAUUGAGUGGCUUUGUUCGCAAACAAAAGUUCAAUUUUAAACGCAACGAAAAGCUUCAAUAAACAAAAUGGAAACAAAAACAAAAAAAUAAACUUAAAAAGCUUUAAACACACACACAAAUAAUCUUAAAAAAUAGAAUAGAAUUGCAAGAAAACGAAUAGAAAACAAUGGAAUAGUUAUGAAAUAAAAAUAAAAGGAAUCUGAAUGAUAAAAAUUUCGGAAAGCUUGGGUCAUCCUUAGGUUACUUGAGGGAAAUGUUAAGUUGAAAGUUCUCUGCUAAAAACUCUACAUUAGAACUUUACCUGAAGAUCAUGUUAUAAAGCUUUAUCUUGGUUCUCUUUGGCUAAAUGAUAUUAAAGAGAGUGCAGUUUCGGUUUUUCUCAAUACAAAGAAAGUUGUCGUUUGUUAAGAAAAAUAUAUGUAUCUUAAGAUGACCUUGGCCCAAGAUUAUGACAUUGCAAAAGCUAGAAAAUAUUUUUUUAUAAAAACACAAAUCCAAAACAAAUAUUGAAAUAAAUAUAUUUUUGUACUUUUGACUAAAAUAUAAUAAUAAUAUAUAAUUGUUAAUAAAUAUCUAAAAGAAAUAAUCAAAUUACUAUAAUUAUUAUAAUAUAUAGAAAAUUUAUAAAAUAUACUAUAACAAAAUUUAAAAAAUUUAAUAAAAUUGUAUAGAAAUUAGUUAAGUUUUCUCAAAUUUUCUCAUUGUUAAAUUUAAGAUUUGAAUUUUUUUUUACAAAAAUAAAUUAUUAAUAAAUGUUAUUAAAAUUAAAUAUAAAUAAUAAUUAUAGUUAUGUAUAUUAAAUUAUAACAAGAUAUCAAUCAGUAGGGAAGUAUUUAGUUCCACUGUAAAUGACAGAACAGCUGUAUUAGGAAUUCUAUUUAAAAUCGCAAAAAAUAUAAUAUAAAAAUGGAUUCCUGUUCAAAAAGAAAUUGUAACAUUUCAACUACAAGUAAUUCGUAAGGACAACUGAUUCCAUUAGCUUAUCUUUCCAUAUAAAUGAGGGUAACUGGACUAUAGACUAGUUUGGACUAGACUAUAGACUAG